CAACGCAAGAUGGCAGCCACCACAGGCUCGGGAGUAAAAGUCCCUCGAAAUUUCCGACUGUUGGAAGAGCUGGAAGAAGGCCAGAAAGGAGUAGGUGACGGCACAGUUAGCUGGGGUCUAGAGGACAAUGAAGACAUGACACUUACAAGAUGGACAGGGAUGAUAAUUGGGCCUCCAAGGGUGGACCCAAGGGCCACGGCAGUGCUGGCCAAGCGGCAGAAUUCCCACAGCAUCAAAGUCAUCCUGCAGGAGCUUCGGCGCUUGAUGAUGUCAAAAGAGAACAUGAAGCUACCACAGCCACCAGAAGGACAGUGUUACAGCAAUUAGUCACCAAGGCCCCAUUCUCCCCU